CCGGCCUGCGUCUGGUUCUUACCUUACAGAUAAACAGGAAUUGUAGUGGCCGUGUAGCGACAGAUCAGCUUUCUUCUACCAGGUGUUGUACACAUACAAAGAGUGUGUGUGUGUGUGUGUGUGCGUGUGUAAACAGUGCCGAGUGUUCAACGUAUUGCAGUGAGAUUGCUCUUUUAUUUUGGAGGAGACCCCCUGAACACCCCCUAAGGACCUUUUGGUGUCCCUGGACCCCAGUUUAAGAACUUCAGCUUCAAGCUACACUGCUGCAGACGCUUGUUGUUGUUUAUUAGGGUAACUGAUCCAACGAUUCAAUGGACAACUAUGGAGCUUCUUCUGGAUCUGCUGUGUUUGUGUCUUCUGUGUUUGACCGGAAAAACACUUUGUGAUGAAAACGGGCCAGAAGUCAUCAAAGUGGAAGAAGGGGCUGAUGUAAUGUUACCCUGCUCUCUCAGCACCAAGGAGAACAUUGAGUUUAAAUUCUUUGACUGGAGGAAAGUUGCUCGGACAGAUGGUCUGAAGGAGGUGUUCCUGUAUGACGCAGGCAUUCAUUACAACAACGGUCUAGAUGGUCAGAGUGAAGAGUUCAAAGGUCGAGUCUCUCAUUUUCAAGAUGAACUGAAACACGGCAACGCCUCCAUAAUCAUCAGAAAUACACAGGUGACUGACAGUGGAGUCUACACCUGUGAUUUUCCAAAUUUUCAGCCACCUCAAACAUUCUAUAUUGAGCUUGUUGUUGUUGGUGCAGCUUUAAAACCAUUUGUUACAAUACUUGAUGCAACAGCAUACUCGGCGAAGCUGCAGUGUGAAGUUCAUGGCAAUCCAAAACCUAAAGUAGAGCUGCAGGACAGUGAUGGAAACAUCCUUCAUGCUAAAGUAACACAGGACUCAGAAAGAGAAGGCAGCUUCUACAUCACCCUCCAAACUACUGUGACCAAGACCGGCACCUAUCGCUGUGUAGCCACACAGGAGGAAAUCAGACAUCAGAUUUAUGCUGAGAUCUCUGUGUAUAUCAGUGGGUUCUCCACUGGAUGGAUUGCUGCUACAGUUAUUGGUGUUCUUUUUCUUGUUGCUGGUGUUAUUCUAGCUGUGCUUUUAUACAGGCGUAAAAAAGAGCCAAAACGCAUCAAAGUGGAAGAAGGCGAUGAUGUUACUUUACCCUGUUCCCUCUGGCCCAUGGACAUUACGUCAAAACAGUUCGUCUGGCAGAAAACUGAUGAUGGUCAGAAGGUGUUCCUGUAUGAUAAUGGCGAUCUUUACAGUGACGAGCUUCCAGAUCAGAGUGAACAGUUCAAAGGUCGAGUCUCAUAUUUUGAAGAUGAACUGGAACAAGGCAACGCCUCCAUAACCAUCAGAAAUACGACGAGGGCUGACAGUGGAGAAUACAGAUGUAGUUUUCAGAAACAUCAAACUUUCUGCAUUAAGCUUGAUGUUGUUGGGCCAGAAGUUAUCAAAGUGGAAGAAGGCAGUGAUGUUACUUUACCCUGUUCACUCUUGCACAAGGACAUUUGGUUAACACAGUUUAACUGGAAGAAAAUGUCUCAGAAUGAUGAAAGUCAGAUGGAGGUGUUCCUGUAUGAUAAUGGUGAUCUUUACAGUGACGAGCGUCCAGGUCAGAGUGAGCAGUUCAAAGGUCGAGUCUCACAUUUUCAGGAUGAACUGAAACAAGGCAACGCCUCCAUAACCAUCAGAAAUACGACGAGGGCUGACAGUGGACAUUACAGAUGUAAAUUUCCAUUCAUUCAGAAACCUCAAAUAUUCUACAUUAAGCUUGAUGUUGUUGCUUCAACUCCAGAGCCAAAUGAACUUCAUCCAUUAAUGAAUGGAAUGGAUGGAAUCGAACUUCAUUCAUUAAUGAUAGAAAGGCUUUGAUAAUGUCUGUGUUGCUGGAAACAUUUCUUUAGUUUUCAGUUAUUUCAUGCUUGUCUUAUAUCACAAUGAAUAGGCUCAUUGAUUUAGUCUUGCAGUUCUAGUUGAUUGUGUAACUGUUUGUAAGACUUGUACAGUAUUCCUGUUUCAGAGGUGUGUAGAGCAGAGAGGACCAGAUCAACAUGAUGAUGCUCUUAUAAGUCUUGUCUUCUUGUAUUCACACCAAAUUACAAAGUUUGCUGCGAUGAUGUGGAGUGUGAAAUAUUGUGCAAAAAAAGCUCAUUUUAUUUAUUGUUUAAAUAUUGUUUACCAUUUUAUAUUGUGUUUUAUUACAUUUCUUUGCUCUUCAGAUAAUCAUUGGUUGCUUCUGUAUUUGAAAGAAUGGUUAAAGGGCAACUCUUAUAUAGUAUUUUCAGGUUCAUACUUGUAUUUUGCAUUUGUACUUGUAUCACUAGUUGAAGCUUGAGCUACUGUAACAGAGUAUAUAGCAGGACUUUGUACUGUGAAAUAUCACCAACAGAGGCUUCUAAACCAAAUGUUACACAACUGAUUGGAAAUCUGAACGUUUUAGCUCACAGGGAUUUCUCUAAAAUAUGUUUCUCAUUAUUUGAAGUUUUGGCCACGUUUAACAUGAAAAUCCUACAUUAUAACAUCGUAUAUGUGACAAAAAACAUGAAAAUGAAUAAUAUGUCCUUUUUCAGGCAGAGAUGUGGUAUUAAUCUUCUUAUCUAACUCAGUGAGAAAGUGAAUAAAGUGCCCUGGGGGGUCACCGGGUAGAGCCGGUACUUUAGGCCGAGUCAUCACCACGGUGACUUUGGUUUGGUCCGCCACAGGGCCCUUUGCUGCAUGUCAUACCCUCUCUCUCCUGUGUAUUUUUCAAAGCAGAA